CGACAUGAGACGUCCCCCUCACCAGAUCCUCACAACUCAGACUGGCCAGAGCACUACAGCUGCUCAGUUUAGAUAUACACUGUUUAUCAGUCACUUUGGAUUAUAACAAGGGUUCAUUGAAAGCUGAGGGAUGACAUCACUGUCUGUUGGCGUGGUCCUCUGCCUUACAGGCUGGAUCACUCUCUACACACUACUGUGUAACACCAAUGGAAGCCGUGGCUCUGAGUGGAACUGUAGGCUGGUCACACUGCUCCAUGGCAUCCUGGCGGUCUGCAUAACAGCAUACAUAGGCUAUGUGGAAGGUCCAUGGCCCUUCACACAUCCAGGCACAAAGAACACCCCCCUUCAGAUCAGUGCUAUGGUCAUUAGCCUGGGUUACUUCAUCUUCGACAUGGGCUGGUGUGUUUACUUCCGCACAGAGGGCCCGGUGAUGCUGGUCCACCACACCAUGAGCAUCCUGGGUAUCUUGCUGACCCUGAGCUUGGGGGAAUCAGGCAUGGAGUCCUGCGCCGUAAUCUUCGCCAGCGAGAUCACUAACCCCCUUCUGCAAGCUCGCUGGUUCCUGAGACAGUUGGGACGCUAUGAGAGCCUGACAGGGGAGGCGGUGGAUGUUCUGUUUGUAGUGCUAUUUGUGUUUAUGCGCAUAGUGGUUGGCGGAAGGAUGUUGUACUGCGAGCUCAUCUCCCCAUGGCCCAGGUUCAUUAUAAAGUGUGAAGGAGUUGCCAUGUAUGUGCUGUCCUGGGUGUUCAUGGUGGACAUUGGUCGUUUCGCCUACCGCAAGAGUCAAUCCAAAUACAGACGCUGGAGAGACCAACACAGACUGGCAGCAGUUAAAGAACAAGAUGGAAAAACAGACUGAAAGACUUCCUUAUCAUGAUGAAUGAAAACAUCCAAUGUUUAUACUAAUAGACCAACAGUAUACAAAUGGUUGUGCAUACUGUAAGCAUGGGGUCAAAGUCAAGCCAUUCUUUGGGCCUGUAUGAUUAUUGGGGAAUAUUUUUUGGUAUUCAGCUAACACUUGUACAUUUUUUGUUUGCUUUUUUAUUAAAAACAAGUGCAAGAGAAUGUGCAAAAGCGUCUUGAAAAAUGUACAACUGUAGCAAAAACAAUUGAGACAUAGUUAGUCUUUGAAACCAAAGGAUGUAGUGCCAAUAUGAUGAACAGAUGUAUUUCACAAACAUAAUGCAAUGAACUGUAACCUAAUAGUAUGUUUUCCAAACCUUUGGGAAACAGACACUUUUGAUAUCCAUCCAUUGAUUCCCUCCAUCUAGAUUACAUAACAUUCCCUAAUCAUCAUAGGUUAGGCCACACCUGUUUUGAGGCAGUACAAUUGAACCAAAACUGACUGUUUCCUUACUUUUGCAGUAUUUUGUUAUUGUAUGCAGUAGUUUUCCUGCAGAAAUUCUACUUUUAUAAAUAUUUUGCAAUGUGUUGUGUAAUUUUUCUAAUUUGAGUCUAAUUUGUCUAAUUUGAAAAGUGGUACUCCUUAUAAGCCAUUUCAUAAUAUUCCAUGGAAUAUCCCAUGUUCCAUUCCAUUUAGUUUUUAGGAAUAUGUUUGUGAACGCUGGCUGAGAUUGCAGUGUUAUAGAUUGUGUAUUGUAUGCAUAUUCAUAUGGAGUACAUGACACUGGCUUUUAUAUAACAUAAAACUCAGUAAAAAGCUACAUGUUUCUUAUGAUAACUGUCUUUCCAUUUAGCUACAAUAAUGCUUUGCACAAGGCUUUUUCGUUUAAGCUCACAGCAACAACAAAUUUGAAAUAAAGUAAUUGUGUAACAUAUGUAAUAAUAUGUUUAGUGGCAUUCCAUUGCUUGAUUGGGUGUAUAUUAGUCAUUGUAAAUUAGUUUAAAAUACCAAUUGGUAAACAAUGAUUUGUGCUAAAUGUUUGUGCACUGUAUUGCUUAAAAUGUUCCAGUAUGAUGCUAGAAGGUCAUAUUUCCCAAUAUUGUAUGCAUUCAUAUUUGAAAUUCACUACUUUUAUAUUAAAUAUUUUAAUCUGGUGCUUAAGUAGUUAGAUAUGUGGAUUUGUAUGUCAACAUUCACCACCCCUGUGUCUUAGUUUAAAAAUACCAAUGGAUAAACAAUGAUUUGUGCUAAAUGUUUGUGCACUGUAUUGCUGAAAAUCUUCCAGUAGGACGCUAGAAGGUCACAUUUCCCAUUAUUGUAUGCAUUCAUAUUUGAAAUUCACUACUUUUAUAUUAAAUAUUUAAAUCUGGUGCCUAAAUAGUUAGAUAUGUGGAAUGGUAUGUCAACAUUCACCACCCCUGCGACAAGGUAGAAUCAUACAAGUGUGCCUUCGUGACUUUAUACGUGUUCAAAUGCAAUGUUUAUUUUUGUUGUGUGUUCAAUAAAUACCCUGAAUACAGA